GAGAACUAGGAAGGAAAGAAGCUCUGGAUGAGACGUCCCUGGCACUCAGCCUCCCUGGCCUGCGGAAUCCAAGCUCAAACACUGGGCCUGGAACUUCGUACAGCGUGUGCCUUCCCAAAGGCCCGAUCCCUACCCGCUCCAGUCCCAGGGCCUAGAGACCUGUGCUGUGCUCUGCCGACACACAAAAUCUAUGCAAAAACGGCAGGAUCCUUGGAAGGGAUGGUGAGUUUAAACCACAUAAAACAAGCUUUUCAUCUGAAGAUACUCUGGGUUUUGCUUGCGAAGGGGAGAAAAGUAAGAUUUCGGUUAAAAUGCCUUCAGGGGUCAGUAAGGGCUUUCUGCUUUGGUUUGGAAGAACUAGAGUCAAAAUAAAGCUGGAACCAGAAGGCAGAAAUGGGCAUCUGCUUGUACAGAACUUGCUCAGCGUCCAGAAGAACCCGAGGUCUCCCUGGAGGAGGCAAACUUUACAUGGAGCACAAAACAGCUGGUUUAGCUAGAGCCCGUGUUGGAAGUCAGGACUGCGUGUUGGCCGGCGUCUCAGUGCUGUGUGUCUUGGGACACGUUCAGGGCACGUGAGAAGACACCGCAGGACAUACAGCCAGUCCUGUGGAGUAAACCCUGCUAUUUUCAUAAGAGACCCAGGGUUGAGACAUUUAUACUCUAAUCCGCGGUAGUCCUGUAGUCUGUGGGAUAUUCCGACGGGCUUUACAGAGUCUGUUCGUUUUCUUCUUGGCACUUACCACUACUGGAAGCUGUACUGUCGUGUGUAUGUGCUGUCUUCCCCACUCGAAUGUAAACCCCAGUGCCACCAGGAAGGACUCUGUCUCACCAGCGGCCGGUCCUCAGCACCAACCACACUGGCUACCACGUAGGAGGCAUAAUUACGUGUUAAAUGAAUGGGGAACCGAUUCUUUCCAAACCACCGUUUCAAAUUUCCCUUUCAGUCUCAAAGUAGAGUCCGUCAGUGAUGGCCAAAUAACGUCGCGGUCAGCGCCCCUAUCAGAUGAUCGUCAGUAAAGCUGGACGAAGUCUGCAGGUUCACACGCCCAGAAGAGAACACUCACCUGUGCCUGGGUUUUGUUACUGGUUUUGAGAACCAAGAAAGAUCACAGAAUGUGAAAUCACCUAACGCAGGACACACGGUCUAUCCCCACUAAAAGGUGGCUUUCAUGCAUUUAUGGGCAAAUUGCACUUGUCAAGUUACUUUCUCACGUGCAGCUCAGAACUCCCCACAUCUUCUGUAAUGACUGAGGAGGCUGAAGCUAAGAGACUUGAAACGCCUUCACUGUGAAGGGCUCGCGGGCAGCGGGCCCCAGUGCAGACCCGGAUCUCCUGGUCAGUGGUUAGGAGGCUCUGGCUGCAGUCCCCUGAAGGAACAUUAACUGGUGCACAGAGGACACCACCUUAGAACAGACUGGCAAAGCAAGAAGAGGUGGGGAGAUCAACCUGUUUUCCACCGGGGGUGUUCUCUAGCCUGGGAUCCUUGGACUCCUCCCAUGUGGUCCAUGAACUUGGAAUAGGAAACGAGUAGUUUUAUUGUUACCAGCCUCUAAGGGAACGUGGCCUUUCCUUCUAUUAGAAAUUGAAGCAGCGAUCAUGUGGCAUAAGCCACCGCACUUCGCCACCAAUAGAAAUUGCAGACGUUUUGGGGCGCCUGGGUGGCCCAGUUCGAGCCCCGCAUCGGGCUCUGUUCUGACACCUUAGAGCCUGGAUGGAGGCUGCUUUGGAUUCUGUGUCUCCCUCUCUCUCUCUGCCCCUUCCCCGCUCAUGCUCUGUCUCUCUCAAAAAUAAACACUUAAAAUUUUUUAAAAAGAAAAAUUGCAGAUGUUUUCACACCACAUUACGGCACAACGAACAGUGUCAAAGUCACUCAUGCUUCUAACGACUUUGAAACUGCACCCGGGCUAUUGGGCCUGUGCCCAGGUCUUACUGAUUAGUGCAACAAUUUUAAAAAGCGCACGCAUAACGUUGUCACUCAUUUGUUUAAUGCAUUGCUGGCUGUAUUUCAACAUAAUCGAGUUCUUCUGUGAUCCUUCAUGUAUCUAAAACUUCUGUUACGAGGAGGGGCCCAGGGACUCCACCCGAGUGGCAGAGAGAGAGAGAGAGAGAAAGAGAGAGAGAGACAGACAGACAGACAGAGAGAAAAGGAGCAUGAGGAUAGAGCCACAGUGCUUUGUAUGACUUGGUCUCAGCAGAAGUUGUGGACCAUUGCUUCUGAGUCACUAAGUACAGCUCACACUCAAGGGGAGGGAAUCAGGCAGGAGUAGGGAUUGAACUCUGGGCCUGUCCCCAUGCCAUCCCUCUACACAAUGUUUCGGACGGUUCCUUCCAUAGUAUAUUAGCCUGGGCUCCCGUGUCCCUCUCGUAUGAACCCAAAUAUACCUACCUGCCUCCAGGCCCCAGACGAUGCCCCUGGCCAUUCAGAAGCGCUGUCAGAGGAUGGGGUGCAUGUGAAGGCCAAGCAGGAAUCAAGAGCCAUCCAGCUUCAGGCCACGGUGACACAGCUCCAGUGUGAAUCUCUUGGUCCCCACAAAUUUGGGGAACAAGGUGCCGCCGUCGUACCAGAAAGCCAGGAGUCGGCCGCGCGGCAAGAAGUCUUGAAGGAAAUGGAACGUUUUGGAAAUAGCCGACUCCGAAGAGACGCUCCCCUGGACUCUCGGUGCCGGGAAGCUUGGAAGCGGGGGAGCAGGGCGGGAAAGCCGAGGGGACGCGCCGCCGCCGGAGAGCGGCCGCACAGGUGCAGCGAGUGCGGGAAGGGCUUCGCCCAGAGCUCGGUCCUCACUCAGCACCAGAGAACCCACACCGGGGAGAAGCCGUACGAGUGCGACGAGUGCGGGAGAGCCUUCAGCCAGCGCUCCGGCCUGGUCGAGCAUCAGCGGAGCCACACCGGGGAGAAGCCCUACGUGUGCGACGAGUGCGGGAGAGCCUUCGGUGCCAGCAACGGGCUCAUCAGACACAGGAGGAUCCACACGGGGGAGAAGCCCUACGGCUGUGAGGAGUGCGGGAAGGCCUUCCGCCUGAGCUCGUACCUCGUUCAGCACCAGAGGAUCCACACGGGGGAGAAGCGCUACCGCUGUGGCGAGUGCGGGAAGGCCUUCAGCCAGAACGCGGGGCUCUUCCAGCAUCUCCGCGUCCACACGGGGGAGAAGCCCUUCCAGUGCGGCCAGUGCGGCAAGCGCUUUAGCCGGCGGACCCUGCUCGGCAAGCACCAGAGGAGCCACACGGGGGAGAGACCGUACACGUGUGACGAGUGCGGGAAGGCCUUCGGCCACCACUGCAACCUCAUCAGGCACUUUAGAACCCAUACCAUUGCCAAACCGGACUAAUUCCCCGGACCCCCAGACUCCUAGAUGGGGCCGUCUUGGAGAGUCGGCUUUUCACGUGGCGCAUUUGGUUUUGGCCAAGUUUACGGUGCUCCGGAACGAGUAGCUCGUCUGCAGACUCGGUGCCGGGGUCUCCCGGCGAACGGCCGUGGUUGUGGGCGGUUCCGGGCACCCCCCUUCUUCCCUAUCCUUCGGUUCGUUUCUAAUGAUUUCCCUCAAAGGAGACCGAAAUCACCUGGAAAUAAAUUGCUGCGGAGGGGCUGUUCAUGGGUGAUACUGAAUACUGAACAACUCUGAAAAACUGG